CUGGCAUUAACUACAGCUUCCCAUUUGUCUACAUCGGCUCAGUCUUUCCAGAUCAAAAAUGGAGUAUCGAACCCAAAACCGCCGCUCUUCUUGGAGCCAGCUCGAGUCCGAUGAUCUUUCGGCUUUCUUCCACCGUGAUGAGACAUACCAGGCCCGCGGCCGAACCGGAGUUCCAAUGGCCUCCUCCACCCGAAAGCAGGGUGAGCCUCGUCGUGGAACCGAUACUUCAGCACCCAGCAUCUUGAAGAGGCGAAGCAGCAGCCACAGCAAACGACACUCUGUACGCUUUGCAGACCAGGAGCGCGAGCCGGUCUCCAGAGCCACUGGACACCUGGACGCCAAGUGGAUUUGGCUGCCUCAAGAAGGUACCUGUGCUCUCGACGUUCCGGGCUACGAGUGGGAGGAGACCUUGGAUGUGGUGGAACACCAGGAGAUGUCGGGCGCCCUGCAGACGGAGGAGCGUCGCUCGACCCAACCUUGGCGCAAAAGCUAUAUCAACCUCAUGGAGAACAUGCGCAACCAACGAGGCGCUGAUCCAGACCACGAGACUAGAAUCUUCCCUCGUGAUCGUACUUGCUCGCGCCAGGAAAAGAAGCUUUUCUCUCUGGGUGACGCGCACAUGAACAGUUCGAUCCUGCGCUCGCCGGCUUCAGUCAUUGAUUGGAUCACGAAGGGCCAUGAUGAGGGCUUGAGGUCGAGAGAUAUCUUGCAGGAUCUGACAGAAAUUCUCACCAAGGAGCUGUAA